AUGGAUGGUGACGAUGAAAAUGUUUUAAAUGAGGAUUUAGACGUUGGAGAUAACUAUAAUGUAGAAGUUAAACCUGAAUUGUUAUAUCCCUACAAAAGGCCGAGAACUAUUGGGAGGAGGAAUAGAUGUCCAUAUGGUUGUGGUAAAGUUUUAGCUCCAAGAACCAUUGAUUACCAUAGAACGAAUGGGUGUCGUAUUGGAGGAGAAGAACCUUUGGGUGACACGACCAAGAAGAGAAACUUUUGUUGUGGCGUAUGCUUUUCCGAAUUUGUAACGAGAACUGGGUUUUUUCUCCAUUUGAAGAGUGAGCAUGAUGUCCAGCCAACCACUCAUCAGUUAAUGUUUAAGAAUAGAACGAUGUUCGACCGUUUCAUGCGGUGGAUUGAAAUGGAAGGUGGAGCGCACUUCCGUUAUAAGUCAGGCUCGAAAAGAAGAGCUAGUGGUCGUGGAAUUUUUAUGGCAUGCAAUAGAUCCGGAUUUGUUGGAACAAGUGCUGAUGAUCCAUCAAAAAACCGAACAGGACCUUACAGAACUGGAUAUACAUGUACUGCAUUCAUUCAUGGAACUGAGCAUGCUAAUGGGUUGGUAGAAGUUGAUGUUUGUUGUGAUCAUUAUGGGCACGACGCAAGGAUGAGACUUCCGAAUGUGGUCAAACAACUAAUUGCUCAGAAGCAAUUGCAAGAUGAAAGCCCCCAAGAAAUUAUCUCUUAUUUGAAGAGACAAUUUGGGCCAUUUGCUCACGAAAAUAUUUAUGCUCAAAGAGUCUGUUUAGUAGAUCUUGACGAAUUGCGAACGUUGAUGAUUUCUUCUACAAAAAGGUGGGCUGUAACAGGAAUCCCCAAUGAUUGUGAGUAUUGGGAAGAAGAACUGUUAGAUAGAGCUGGGAUAGUAAGACAAGGUGCUCAAAGAAUACGUCAGUCAGGUGAACCUACAACACAGGAACUAGCUGAUCAAAAUCAUUGGCCCAGACCGCGUGUUUUCGUACCUAAAAUGAGGACAGAAAAUGGUUUCAUCGAACUCAAUGAGUUAUGUAAAUCAUCUGCAGAAGCUCGGAGACUAGCAGGUCAAGCAGCAGCAAUGCAUCCGGAGUUAUAUGAUUAUGCAAUGAGUGAUGAUUCGAAACCAGGAUUCAGUAUGCGUCGCAGGUCGAUAGAUGGGCUCAGGAGUACCAAUAGUCCUGAAGGUAGUGUAAACGAGCAGGAUCUCGAUAAUAUGGAUGGUUUAGUUAGGAGCGAUCAAAUAGAACCCGACUAUCGGGAUAAAACUCUUAUGAGAAGGCAGUCUUUAUUGAGCAGCAUAGGCAGUGAAUUGGAAUUCAUCGAAAGAGUGGCGCAGUUUGAUUUGGAUGGCUUCACAGACUCUAAUCUUGUUUCCUUACUAAAUCAUCUAAGAUCGAUACGGGGUGAAUUGAGUACAGUUUUGGAUAUUCGUAAUACAGAAUACAAUCCGAACCCAGCACAGCAUUCCUCGCAACAUCAAGGAAAUGAUCAUUUUUCCGAUCAAGAUAGUAUAAACGAAGAUGAAGCCAUCGUGGCCAGCUCGGGUUGUUUGGAAUUUAAUAGAGCUUUGUGGUCUUGA